CUUUGCAUCAUUGCAUGUCUCUCACUCACACUCCCAUUACUCUCACCAUGAUUUGUAGAAGCAGCAGCACCACCACCUUCACAUGCUGCUUUCAAAGAUUUGACCCACUUCACCGUUUCACACACAUUUCCAUUCCCAUUUCUCUCACUAAACCCUCUUCUUUUUCAACCCCAUUUCUAACCCUUUUCAAACCCUCUUCUUCUUCUUCUUCUUUGACUCUCACAACGCAACCACCGCAAGCUCGCCGGAAAUUCGCCCUGCCGGCAACCAUGCUCCACCAAAACCCUCUAGUCUCCGACAUCUGUGCUCUUGCUGUGUCUGGUGCUAUCGCCUUCUCCUUCCUUAGGUUCUUUGAAGAGACCGCUAAACGAUCCCUCUUUGACCAGAAAUUGAAUAGGAAACUUGUGCAUGUAAGCAUUGGGCUGAUAUUCAUGCUCUGCUGGCCACUGUACAGUUCUGAUGGUUGGGGACCCAUCUUAGCUUCUCUUAUUCCGGGUAUCAAUAUAAUUCGGAUGCUUGUUAUCGGGCUUGGAAUAUACAAGGAUGAGGCCACCGUGAAAUCAAUGAGUAGAUUUGGAGAUUACAGGGAACUCCUUAAAGGACCACUAUAUUAUGCUGCUACCAUUACUUUGGCAUCGAUAAUAUACUGGAGAACUUCACCUAUUUCCAUAGCUGCAAUUUGCAAUCUGUGCGCAGGAGAUGGCCUAGCUGACAUUGUCGGAAGGCGAUUUGGCGAUAAAAAGAUUCCUUACAAUAGAAACAAGUCCUAUGCUGGUUCAAUUGCAAUGGCAGCAGCUGGAUUCUUAACUUCCGUCGGGUAUAUGAGCUAUUUUUCGUGGUUUGGAUACAUGGAGGGAAGCUUGAAGUUGGUUCUGGGUUUUCUAAUUGUGUCUGUUGUCACGGCACUUGUCGAGUCCCUUCCUAUCAGCACCGAACUCGACGACAACCUCACGGUUCCCCUCACUUCCAUAUUGGUCGGAAGUGUCAUCUUCUGAUUGUAAGACCAAAUUGUAGUAACAAAGUAAACUAGUUUAGGAAUUGUUCUGUAGAUCUCUUCCACUUUCAAUCUUAUUGUUAUUAGAGAAUAUUUAGAUCCAAAGUAGCCCCAUGUGUUGUGUUUGGAUAUAGCUGAAAAAAUGGGGGUGAUUGUUAUGUUCGCUAUCAAUAAUAAUAUUGUACAUGUUCAGAAUAUGAAUGCAUGCUUACAA